AUGGAGAAGGGCAGUGGAGGCAGCGCUCCGCCGCCGCCGCCGCUCCACAUGGAGGACUUCCAGCUGGAGGGGAAGAAGCCCGUCAAGAACCCCUUUGUGCCCAUCGGUGCACUGGUUACUGCUGGAGUUCUGACAGCUGGUCUGAUCAGUUUCCGAUAUGGGAACUCUCAGCUGGGUCAGAAACUGAUGAGGGCACGUGUAGUUGCUCAAGGCGCUACAGUUGCUCUGAUGAUUGGCAGUGCUUACUACUACGGUGAUGAAAUCAAGCUGUUCAAGAAAGGGUCAAGCCCAUGA